CGCGGCAACACGUUGCGAAACAAAACUACGCGCCUGCAACCCCGCUGGAUGGCCCCGCGGCCGGAAGAGCCACGUCGGCUCCGCCCACCUUUGUGUCGUGGGCGGGGCGUUUCCAACCGGCUGACGCGCACGCGCUGGGAGGCCCCGCCCCCCAUCCCGCCUCCCGCGAUAUCGUGUGGUCGGGCAUCAAGCUGUGGGGCGGUCGCCAGCUCGGUUCUUCGGGACCUUCGGGACAGGGCUGGGGAGCCCGCCCAAAAAGGUCGUUUCUCCUGCAGUUUCCAACAUGGCAGGCAAGUUUUAUAGACAUGGAUAAGAAGUCCAUACACAGAAGUCCUGAAGAUGCCGGGACCGGCAGAAAUGGAGGUAAACAUAGACCAAAGAAAAAAGAAGAGCGAAACCAAAAACACCACCAAUCCCGACAUAGAUCAUCAGCAUCUCAUUCUUCAGAUGACAAUGUGUUUCCUUCUUUUUCGUCAUCAUCUUCAGGAAGUCAGACCGAUUCAAGUAGUGAAGGUGCUCCCCAGGGAAAAAUUAAAAGAAAGAGAGAAGAGAAAAGGGGUAAAUGGAAAAAAAAGAAAGAGAGGACAAAAGAUGAAACAUCAAGAAAAAGAAAGAGAAGAAAAAAAGGAGGGAAUGGCCACAUGCUAUCACCUUUCCAAGAGGGGCUGAAACCAGGCUAAACUCGUUGAUUUCUGAAACUCAGUCCUUUGGUGUAAGGUGGCCAAACGAGAAUGCAGAGCCCAGCACGGUGAAAGCUACAGUGGAGGAGCUUGGGGACGGCACGUCUUUCACACCACGUCUAGACUCCUGACACCAAUCUUCACGUCCCCUGUAACCACACAAUAAAAAGUUGGGAAAUCACA